CAGGGACACAGGCUCCGGAUCCGGAUCCGGGGGCCUCUCCUUCACAGGUUGGGAGUACUGUGUCCUUAGUCACAAAGAGACACAGACAAGGGACUGUCAGCUGGUGCCGGAGGAGCUGAGCAACUGGAAACACCUGCGGGGUAGACCAUCCCACGCCAGCCCCUGCCCUCCGCCGGCCCGAGCAUGCUACUGAACAGAAUGUCUGCAGACGACCGGCACCUGGGCUCCAGCUGCGGCUCCUUUAUCAAGACAGAGCCAUCCAGCCCGUCCUCUGGCAUCGACGCCCUCAGCCACCACAGCCCCAGUGGCUCGUCCGACGCCAGCGGCGGCUUCGGAUUGGCCCUGGGCGCCCACGCGAGUGGUCUGGACUCGCCGCCCAUGUUCGCGGGCACGGGUCUGGGAGGUACCCCUUGCCGCAAGGGCUACGAGGACUGUGCCAACGGCAUCAUGGAGGACUCGGCCAUCAAGUGCGAGUACAUGCUCAACGCCAUCCCCAAACGCCUGUGCCUAGUGUGUGGGGACAUUGCCUCUGGCUACCACUACGGUGUGGCCUCCUGUGAGGCCUGCAAGGCCUUCUUCAAGAGGACCAUCCAAGGGAACAUCGAGUACAGCUGCCCUGCCACCAACGAAUGUGAGAUCACCAAACGGAGGCGCAAGUCCUGCCAGGCCUGCCGCUUCAUGAAGUGCCUCAAAGUGGGGAUGCUGAAGGAAGGUGUGCGCCUUGACCGAGUGCGUGGAGGCCGCCAGAAAUACAAGCGACGGCUAGACUCAGAGAGUAGCCCGUACCUGAGCUUACAGAUUUCUCCACCUGCUAAAAAGCCGUUGACCAAGAUUGUCUCCUACCUGCUGGUGGCCGAGCCGGACAAGCUGUACGCCAUGCCUCCCCCCGGCAUGCCUGAGGGCGACAUCAAGGCCCUGACCACCCUCUGUGACCUGGCAGACAGGGAGCUCGUGGUCAUCAUUGGCUGGGCCAAGCACAUCCCGGGCUUCUCCAGCCUCUCCCUGGGGGACCAGAUGAGCCUGCUGCAGAGUGCCUGGAUGGAGAUCCUCAUCUUGGGCAUCGUGUACCGCUCGCUGCCCUACGAUGACAAGCUGGUGUACGCCGAGGACUACAUCAUGGAUGAGGAGCACUCCCGCCUUGCGGGGCUGCUGGAGCUCUACCGGGCCAUCCUCCAGCUGGUGCGCAGGUACAAGAAGCUCAAGGUGGAGAAGGAGGAGUUUGUGACGCUCAAGGCCCUGGCCCUUGCCAACUCAGAUUCCAUGUACAUUGAGGACCUGGAGGCAGUCCAGAAGCUGCAGGAUCUGCUACAUGAGGCACUGCAAGACUAUGAGCUAAGCCAGCGCCACGAGGAGCCGCGGAGGACGGGCAAGCUGCUGCUGACACUGCCCCUGCUGCGGCAGACAGCCGCCAAGGCCGUGCAGCAUUUCUACAGCAUCAAACUGCAGGGCAAGGUGCCCAUGCACAAACUCUUCCUGGAGAUGCUGGAGGCCAAGGUCUGAUGGCCUGGCACACGGACCGACUCCCACCUGAGGACAAACGGAUGGACCGAUGUGGAGACCUUCACAGCCACCAGCCUCGACCUUCAAGCCCUGUAUCAUGGCCAUGAGCAGUCCCAGAGGAAGGGGUUUCUCCCCUCCCGGCUGUGUGCAGAGUCCUGGGUGCAGCCAGGCACGGGAAUGGGAAUGGGAGGGCAGGCCAUGGGGCUCGUCUGUAACUGGCUUUCUCUUCGGUGGGAUUUUCCUUGUCCAUGGGCAGUGCUGCAGUCUGGGCCAGGGCUGACUCCCCUGAGCCUGGAGACCACGGAGGAAGGGCCCCAUCUCCCCACUAAGUCACCAAGAGGCAGCACAUAUAUAUCCUAUCCCCGCCCGACCCCGUCACCUGGGUGCGAGGUGCUUAGCUCCCAGGGCUCCUGUAAACUUAGGGUGGGCGCCACCUGGAGGUUUUUCUUUCCCAGAGGGCAGGUGCUUCUUCCAGAGGCCCAGCCCACUCUGAGGUUCUGUGGGGUCCCUCAAGAGACCCUACACCUUCCACAGUCCAGACGGCUCCCUCCUCCAUCCUUGCAGCGUGGCACACACUUGGCUACCAGGGGCAGCUCGCCAUCAGCAGAAUAGCUGCCAAAGCUCGCAUGUUCCUGGGCUCCCCAUCCUUCCGCACUCCCACCAGGCUGUCACCACUGUGCCAGGGCCUGCCUGUCCUCCCCCCACUCCCCUCUUUCCCCAGAAGUCCCCCUGCUACUUCCUGCCCCUACGUCAGAGCUCACCCCGACAGUGCGGUCAGCCUACCCAGAGGACUGCAGGGCCCGCAGCCGGGAGCAGUGCCGGCUCAGGGAAGACCCGGGUAGACAGCACCCUGCAGAGCAACCACUUGUGCUGGCCCCUCCUCUCCCCAGCAGCCUUCAGGGCAGGUGCAGAGCAGGUUGCUCAUGGGGAAGGUGCGGGGGCCUGGCCCCAUCUGUGGGCACCCUGGGCACCCUCAUUCUAGGCUGGCAGUCCUGGGAGGAUAGGGCAACCUGGGGAGAGGCUCACACCAAUCUUUGCCAAGCACAGAAAAGCCCAGAAGCAGUAAUAGGCAGGUAGGGAAUGCUGAAGACAGGGAGCAUGUUGGAGGUCACUGGCCUGCCUGAGCCUUCCUGGCUUCCAGGGGCAGCAGGCAAUAGGACUCCCUCUCCCCUGCAUUCCAAAGGGCUGCACAAACCAGUGCCAGCAUGGGCUUGCUCCUGCUGCCCUUGGGUUAAGGAGGUGUGAUUAUAUCUCCUCGGGCACACUGAGAAGGCUCAGCUCUGUGGCAGGACCAGUGGCUAUGUAGGGUAACCAACCAUCCCUCUUUGCCCACGAUGAUCUUGGGUUUAACACUCUAAGUCCUGUGUGCCAGAAAACCCCUCAGUCCUGGGCAAAUGUGGUCAUUCGGUCACCUGACUUCUGUGAGGGGCUGUAAAAGUCAGUUAUAACCCACUCUGGGGGCAGCCUGUCUGGUGUGCAUGGGUCAGUGGAGGGUAGCUUAGAUGGACCCCUAAGGAUGAAAAGGCAUCAAGUGUGGUGGAAAUGCCCCCUCUAGGCACUGCCUUCUAAAGCAAAGAUCAGAGCAACCCUACCUGGGACACUUGGGGGAAUCCACACUCAAUCCACACCAUUCUAAUCCAACCUCCUGUCCACUGGAGAGGCAGGCAGAUCCUGCCUGCCCAUUACGUGCCCUAAAGGCCAGGCGCCCACUUCCAAAGCCUCACAGCCUUCCUAUGGCCAGCAGCUGCUGCUGCUGGUCCCACCUCACUGCCUGUCCACCCCCAGACACCAAUCCUCCUGAACUUCCAUGCUGGGACAGCUGAGGUCACCCCCAGGGAUGGUUGGUAAACACCCAGCCACUGUGGAGUGGCUCUCUGAUGUCCUCAACUAGAAAACGUCCAGGGUUUCAAAAGACCUCACAGACCAGUGAAGUGUGCCCCACCUCCCUUUUGCCCAUGCGUAAUUGGAGGCCAAAGUCACUUGACAGCGUUGGAAUUAGAUCUGGGAUCCUUCACCCCCCAGCUCUCAGUCCCCAGUCUGGGCGGACCCACAGGCUCUUCCUCAGCAUCAAGGGGCUGGGGCUAAAACCGAAGUCUAGCUGAACUCUUAUGGUCCAUGCCCUGAGGUCUGAUGGAGAGACCUCACAUUGAGAGAACUUGGGGUCUGCUCUGGGAGCCUCCCCUAGCCUCUCACUGUGCUGCGUACUUGAGGAGGUGGGGCCCAGGUGGCAUCUCAUCUCCCAGGCACGUGGUUCUCUGCAGUGUCUCACUUCCUGCUCAAGCAUGAGAUCCAGGCUGUCAGCCACAGCAGGGCCUUGUGCAAAACUGGCAUUUGCAGGCCAUCUUUUCUAGGAAAAGCAUUUCUGGCUAACUGCACUGGCUGGCUUGGAGUGAGUGGGUGGGUGUUCUGGAUACAGAGAAGCUUUGCCUCACUGCAUCUAGUGCUUCUGCAAUGUCCCAGCGUUUGAGCCCCUUUCUGUCUAAGAGGGAGUGGUAUAGUCCUGAUGGCUUAGUGCGGAUGAGGUGGAUGCUGCAUUUACACAUUAUUUUACACGUGAAUUCCCAUGGCAACAGGAAAGGCAUCAAUAACAAUGGGAAGUGACCAGCAGUAAAGGGGCUCUAGUGUGUACUUGACAGACCCACUGGACAUUCAGAAAAAAAAGUUUAGGGGCCAACUUAGUUGGAAGCCUCACCAGCUUUGGGACCUCCCUGGGAAGAGGGGGGCCCUG